AAUAAUUGAAUGUAAAAAAGCAAGGGAUCUGAGACUGAGACAAAAAACAAAGAGAGAAGAGAGAGAUAGAGUUAUAGAGAGAGAGAGAGAGAGAGAGAGCAGAGACACCGUUCGGUGCUCCGCUGAUUACGGUUGUGGCCCCACCGCUCCGCUGCAGUUUUACACUCAAAAAGGACCUCAUGUCUAACAUAGAGGAUAACAAAGAUCUUGGACAGAUGGACGUGGAUGCAUCUGAAGAACCAGCGAUGCCAUCAUCUCAGAAGCAGGAGGAAACUAUAAAGAAAAAGUAUGGAGGAAUAAUGCCCAAAAAGCCGCCGCUCAUAUCUAAGGACCAUGAGCGUGCUUACUUUGAUUCUGCGGAUUGGGCGCUUGGAAAGCAAGGCGGAGAGAAGCCUAAGGGACCACUAGAGGCUCUUCGGCCUAAAUUACAGCCGACGCAGCAGCAAACACGGUACCGGAAGUCUCCUUAUGCUCCUUCAGGAGAAGAAGGGGGAAGUGUUCAAGCGGAGGAUUCACCUUCCAGCGAGUAAACAGCAAUCAGUCUUUUGAUGAUGUGCUGACUAUUGUUCUAAUACCUGAGUUGAGUAGGUAUCACUUUUUGUUGUUUUCAACAAUAAAGGGAAGUUUUUCAUGUAUUCAUAUUAGCACAAGACAAACAAAUACAAAUCAUUUGGCCUACCCAAUAGACAUUCACUUGGGAUUAUGAUUUCUGUGUUA